GGGAGGGCUCGUGCUGUUCUCCGGAUACUCAAACUUCCAGGCCCUCAAUAAAUCGGCUUCUCUUGUGCUCCCGCCCACGAGGAAUCCUGGUUGCUAAGGAAAUGGAGGUUGGCUUAUUUGUUGUUGUUUUUUAAAGACUUGCACCCUGUCCUUCAAUCAAGCUUAUCUACAACAUGUAUCAACUUUCAUAUUCAUGUAAGAUCUGCAAAAAAAAUGUUUUUCACAAUGUAAUUAGAUCCAGUGCAAAUUGCUUAGAUACAUGGGUCAGAAAAAUCCACUCUUCAUUAGUAAACAAAGGUGGAGCUGGAGAAAAAUCAUUGCAUUCGUAUGAUGAUGAAAAUGUAAACUACAAAAUAGACGAUGAAGAUGGUCAAGAAUUGCACAUACCUGUUAUGCUGACAGAAGUUACUGAUUUUUUAGCACCUCGGAAGGGACAGUGUAUUCUUGAUAUGACAUUUGGAGCAGGAGGCCAUACCAAGGCGCUUAUGCAGAAAGCAGCUGGCAUUAAAAUAUAUGCACUGGACAGAGACCCUACAGCUUACGAACUAGCUCAGCAACUUUCAAAAUCUCAUCCGCAACAAGUCCAAGCUCUUCUAGGACAGUUUAGCCAAGCAGAAGACUUGUUAAGAUCUGUUGGAGUGCAGCCAGGGAGUCUGGACGGAGUUCUGUUGGAUGCUGGUUGCUCUUCUAUGCAACUUGAUACUCCAGAAAGAGGUUUUUCCCUACGAAAAGAUGGCCCUUUGGACAUGAGGAUGGAUGGUGACAGGUAUCCUGACAUGCCCACAGCUGCUGAUGUUGUGAACGCUUUAGAUCAACAGGCACUUGCGUCCAUCCUGAGAACAUAUGGGGAGGAGAGGCAUGCCAGGAAAGUAGCUUCAGCCGUUGUGCAGGCACGCAGCAUCUACCCCAUCACCAGAACUCAGCAGCUUGCCAGCAUUGUUGCAGGGGCUUUCCCUGAUUCAGCUUUGUAUUCUCGAAAAGACUUGCUUAACAGACCAACACAUGUUGCAACCAAAACUUUCCAAGCCUUGCGUAUCUUUGUCAACAAUGAGCUGCAUGAACUCUACGCCGGAUUAAAGACAGCUGAGAAGUUUCUAAAACCUGGGGGUCGACUUGUUGCACUUUCUUUCCAUUCAUUAGAAGAUCGGAUCAUCAAGCGUUUUCUUCAUGGAAUAGACAUGUCACUAAAGUACAACCUCAGUAUAAGAGAGAAAGUCAGGCAAAUGAGAAAGAAUUCUUUAGGAGAAGAGGAGGAAGAUGAAUUGUCCAGUGAAAAUGGUAACUCCAGAUGGGCACCUAUACAGAAGAAACCCCUUAAACCACAGGCUCAGGAUACUGCAAGCAAUCCAAGGGCACGUUCAGCAAAACUAAGAGGAGCUAUCAAGUUGUGAAUUACUUUUUUUGUCCAUGUUACAAUGUAAAGGAUGAUGAAGUAAUGCUUACAUUAAAAAAGAGAAUCACAGGUCUUUGUGGUGUAGUGGUGCAUUGGAUUUCUAGUAAAACUAGAAUGCCCAGGAAGAGUAGAUCACAUAGUAGCAUAUUCCUUUGAACUUAAGGAUGCAAUUGGAAAUAUUCAGCAUUGUCGCAGGAUGAUAUUCUUCGCUCAUGCAAAUUAAUGGACAGAAGUAAAUUUAGUUCUCUUAAUUGUGUAUAACGGACAAUAUAGUGGUAUUCACUAAUUCCUAAAAUACACAAUCCAUAAAAACACUGUGCUUUUCUUCCUCUGCCACAUAUGCAAAUAUGUACACACAUGCACAUUCUAAAUAAUAAUGCAUAGUGGUAGUAAUAAUUCAACAUGCUGAGUUAAGGCUUCCAUGCCUUGAACAGCAACAGAGAUUCAGUGUGUCCAUCCUUCAUUAAAAAAGCCCAACAAUCAAUUCAUCCCCCACUCUUUGACUUUUCCAUUUUUUCUUGUUUUUGUUUUUCUUUUCCAUUACAAUCUGGAAUUAAAAUGGAUUUAAUUGGCAUUGUUACCACUUGGUGCAUGCAAGAUACUCAGCUCUGUGAAAGUGCAAAAUAUUCUUCCUGUGAUAUAAAUGUUAAGUAAACAAAAAUAAGUUGUAAGUUAUAUAAAUACCCUGCUUGAUAUGACAUACCUCAGUAAGCUCUGGAACAACCCACUGCUUCCAGAAGUCAUAUAUUGUUCUUGUAAGUAAUUCAGUGGAGUCCAUCAGUGGCCAAUUGCUGGACAUCAUGGUCUCAGAUUAAAUACACUGCUUCCUGAAAGCCCAGGAGUUUGUUGGGGAGUAUAUGUAAACAAGCAGCAUAACAAAAACCAAAGAGCUAUCAAAACUAUUCUGAUACAAUGUGUAGAAGCACCAGGCAGGGUUAAGUUAUUUAAAAAUAUUCCCAACUCGACAGGCAGGACCUAGCAACAGUAAUCCAUGCCCUGGUAACCUCUCAAUUGGACUACUGUAAUGCAUUCUAUGUGGGGCUGCCCUUGAAAAUGGUCUGGGAGUUAAAGUUGGUACAAAAUAGAGCAGCUAGGCUGCUGAUGGGGAUAGAUAAUACCAAGCACAUAAAACCAGUCCUGUAUUAAUUACACUGGUUGCCCAUUGAAAUAUUGAUUACACUGGUUGCCCAUUGAAGUCUGGACUCAAUUCAAGGUGCAUGUUUUAACAUAUUAAGUCCUAAAUGUUUUAGGAUCUGAAUAUCUGAAAGACUGUUUUCAUUCAUAUAAGCUACCCAGACCCUAAGACUGUCAUCAGAGGUCCUUCUCUGGGAGCCAUCUCUAAAGGAAGCUAGGAGGAUGGCAACCUGGGGCAGGGCCUACUCAGUUGUGGCGCCCCAUCUAUUGAAUCGACUUCUCAGAGAUAUCGUCAAGCACCAUGCUUAUAUAAACAUUCCAACACCAGACCAAGUCAUUUUUAUUCAAGGAGCAUUUUAAUUGUUGAUUAUUUUAGUUGGAAUUUGAUUUUAAUUGGUAGUUAAAAGUAAAGUUUAGUGUUUGUAAUUAUGAUGUUUUAAGGUUUUUCCAAUUGGUUGUUAAACUAUUAUUUGGUGUUCCUGCUAUGAGGGUGAUGUUACCUUACUUUUAUUAUUUAUUGAUACUGUGGUUUUAAUUGUUUAUGUAUUAAGUUUUAUGUUGUUAAUUUUUAUUAAACCAUCUAGAGAGCCAUGUGCUACAAGAUGGUAUAUAAAAGUGCUAAAUGAAUAAAUGUAAAUAACUAUGAGUAUCCUAGGAGCUUUGCCUUGAAAAUAUCAUUUCCAUGGUGAAGCGUGGUUGUGGCUGCAUUAUGUUGUGGGGAUUCUUUUUCUUGGCAGGGACUAGGAAACUGGUCAGGAUUGAGAACAUGAUGGAUGGAGCCAAACACAGGGUGAUUCUUGAGAAAACCGUUUCAGUUUCCAAAUGGCCUAGGAUUGGAACAAAAGCUCACCUUCCAGCAGGACAACGACCCUAACCACACAGCUGGAAUAAUGAGUGGAAUGGUUUCAGAGCAAGAACCUGAAUGUCUUAGGACAGUGGUGGCGAAUCUAUGGCAUGCGUGCCGCAGCAGGCACACAGAGCCCUCUCUGUCGGCAUGCGAGUCAAGUCACCCCAGCAUCAGAUAACAGCACACA